GAUGUAGCACUGGAAAACCAUACUAUGGUGCACGACUUUGUUCUUGCUGGAUUCAGUGACUCUUCAAAACUGCAGAUCCCUCUCUUUAUGUUUUUUCUUGCAAUAUACGUUACCACCCUGGUUGCCAAUCUUGGAAUGGUACUGUUAAUAAAGACUGACCCUCAACUUCACACUCCCAUGUACUUCUUCCUGAGCAAUUUGUCCUUUGUAGACUUCUGCUACUCCACUGUUGUCACCCCCAAGAUGCUGGCUGACUUUUUUAUGAGGCAAAAAACUAUUUCUUUAACAGCGUGUGCUGUACAAAUGUGGUUUUUUGUUUUCUUUUUAGCCGCAGAGUGUUUCCUCUUAGCUGCAAUGGCAUACGAUCGAUACAUUGCCAUUUCCAAUCCACUGCUUUAUACAGCAAUUAUGUCACAAAGAGUUUGCUCCCAGCUAGUGGUCCUACCCUAUCUUGUUGGACUGCUGAAUGCCACUAUACACACAUCUUUAUAUUUUCAGUUAACUUUCUGUAACAACAACAUAAUUAAUCAUUUCUUCUGUGACAUUCUUGCAGUCAUAUCACUGUCCUGUUCAGAUACACGACUUCACAAGAGGUUGCUUUUUGUUCUGUCUGCCACUUUUGGUAUUGUGAACAUUGCUAUUAUCAUUGCAUCCUACAUCUAUAUUUUUACUGCCAUUCUCAGAAUCCACUCCAGUACAGGCAGGCACAAAGCCUUCUCCACCUGCUCCACCCACCUCACGGUUGUGACUAUCUUUUAUGGGACUCUCUUUUUUACGUAUGUGCGUCCCAGCUCCAGCUCAUCAAUGCAGGAGGACAAGAUGGUCUCCAUGCUCUACACAGUGAUGAUCCCCAUGCUCAACCCCUUGAUAUAUAGCCUGAGGAACAAAGAAGUGAAAGACGCAGUGAGGAGAGUGUUCAGAGGGGGGAAGCUCACUCUAGCAUAG